AUGAAGUUCCUGAACUACCGGGAUCGAGAGGCCGCCAUGACCGCUGCCAGAAGAAUGAAGGAGAUUUUCUACAAGGACCAUCGGCUGAGUUUGUUCCCUGAUCUGUCUCCAGAGACCCGCCGCCAGCAGCAGCGCUUCGACGGCGUAAAAGCAAAGCUGCGCGCUCUGAAUAUCCGCUAUGGGAUGCUAUACCCGGCCCAGCUGAUGAUCACACACAACGAAAGGCGUAUCAUCUUCAAGUCGGACGAAGAGGCUGAAGAUUACGUUAAGAAAAUGAGACAACCAGCUGCUGACGACGAUGGAGACUGA